AUGGAGAAGACCCUUCUCUGUCUGAUAGUCAUCUGCUUGGGGACAGUGGCUCACAAAACAAGCCCCCAAGCGCCAGAUCGCCUCCUGAUUAGACUUCGUCACCUGAUAUACAUUGCUGAACAGCUGAAAAUUUAUGUGAAUGACUUGGAUCCUGACCUUCUGCCAGCUCCACAAGAUGUAAAGGAGCACUGUGAGCGGUCAGCUUUUGCCUGUUUUCAGAAGGCCAAACUCAAGCCAGCAAGCCCAGGAAACAAAACGCUCAUCAGUGACUUGGUCACUCAGCUGAGGAGGAGGCUGCCCCCCACGAAGGGGAGAAAGCAGAAGAGCACAGCUAAAUGUCCUUCCUGUGAUUCGUAUGAGAAAAAAACACCCAAGGAAUUCCUAGAAAGACUAAAAUGGCUCCUUCAAAAGGGAGAGCGCUCCUGUGUCAAAGAACAGUCUCCAGAAUUUCCUAACUCCAAGGUGUCAAAGCACACAAAAGACAAGGCAACAUGGCUCCCAGAACUGGCGGAGCAGACUUUUGAGAACAUCAACCCUCACUGA